UUGUUAUUGGUGUUGAUUAUACAACUAAUCUGCAUCUUUCUUUUUUUCUUUUUUCUUUUUUUUGAAAUAAUCUGCAUCUUUCUUUUUUCUUGAUUUUUUCGUGUAUUUUGCUUGGCUUCUAGUCUUUAAGUAAUUCACAGUAGAAGGAAUUCUGAUACACUUUUUGGUAGUUGCCAAGAAAAUUGAACCCAAUUUACCAUUCUAUUUUUCAUAAAUUUUUUCGGUUCUAGCUCUCCAAAUUCUUGGAUUGCCGUUUUCUUCAGUUUGUAAAUGAACACUUCAAAGAUUGAUUUCCAGGGACGAAUUCAACAGAACCAUGGAAUGAUUGGUGACCUUGCUCUUCAUUCUUUCCAAUCUUUUGGUAACCAACAGACUUGGAACAUGGGAAUUCGCGCACAAUCACCUGUAAUGGAAUCAGCACACCUGCAACAGCAAAAUCUGAGGCCAGAUAAGUCAUCAAGCAGCAUUAUGAGAAGUUUCGAAUCACCAGCUUCAGCUUUCUACGCAACAGAAAGAUAUAUGGGAUUUCCACAGUAUGAUUGUCAAGUUAAUGCUGUUUUAUCCUGCCCUUACUCCAAGUCCUAUGAUUCCCAAAUCCCUUCACAACAAUCUUCAGGAGAAAUCUAUGUUAUUGAUGCUGUAAAUCAGCAACCUGAUCAUAAUUUGGAAUUGAGAAACAACCUGCAAUCGAUUACGAAAUCCCAUUUAUCUGAUGAUCAUUAUUACAAGUCCUAUAAAGGUGUAUGCAGCAAUUCUUUAGGAAACAAACUACAUCAGCUCGAACAAAAUAAACUGUCAAGAAAUGGAGCUGUCUCUGUAGGAAAUCAGUUUUCAAUUCCUUUCUAUGGAGAUCAAGAUCAUAACAAUCAUAACAGAUUUGGUAGCAAUCCAUUUGUGCAGCUGGGAGUUUCUUCCAGACAAGAGAUGCAGUCUCCAAGAUUUUCUUCUGGAGUUGUUUCUGUAUCUUCUGCAUCUUCAGGCAACUCUAUGGCUACUGGGGCUGUGCUCUCCAGUAAGACACGAAUAAGAUGGACUCAAGAUCUUCAUGAGAAGUUCGUCGAGUGUGUAAAUCGCCUUGGAGGUGCUGACAAAGCAACGCCAAAGGCGAUCCUGAAGCUUAUGGACUCGGAUGGAUUGACUAUCUUUCAUGUGAAAAGUCAUUUGCAGAAAUAUAGAAUUGCAAAAUACAUGCCAGACUCUUCUGAAGGAAAGGCUGAGAAAAGAACUAGCAUAAAUGAUGUAUCACAGAUGGAUCCGAAAACCAGUGGCUUACAAAUCACAGAGGCAUUGCAGCUGCAAUUGGAUGUCCAGAGACGUCUGCACGAACAAUUGGAGAUUCAGAAAAAUCUGCAAUUACGCAUUGAAGAACAAGGCAGACAACUUAAGAGGAUGUUUGAUCAACAACAAAGGACAAAUAAUAAUCUCUUCAGGAAUCAAAACUUGGACAGUAUAUCGCCGGAUGAGCAAGCAUUCAGUCUCGAAGAUAUUGAGAUUUCCUUUGCAGAAGGUUCUAGUAAUAACUCUCACUUCCCAUCCAAGAUAAGUUAGUUCUUGAAAGAGCAUACAAUUACAACCAAAUUCAUUUACUAGAUCAAUGAGUUCCAGCAGAAGUCAUUCCUACUCCUCAGGACAACACAAUCAGGAACAAGUCCCCUCUGCAGUCUAAAGAAAACCAAGGCAUUUUGUAUUUACUUGAAUUCUAGAAUCAAUUAUAUUGAAUUAUGUCUAUAAAGAAAGAAGUACAUACACAAUAUUUGGUGCUAUAAUACAUAAAAAGAACACUUUUUAUUGCAAAUAUGGAGGGGAAUUCGAGUUAGUGUUAGAAAAAGGGUCUUGCAUUCAUGUAUCAGAGUUCCACUUCCAUCAUCCUAUCAGUCUGGGUUCUAAAAUCCUAAGCUUUUUGCAUGUUCCAAAUUGGACUUGUACCGGGUACAAAAAUAAGACUUGAAGCAAAAAAUCUGAGAAAUAAUAGCUUUUUUUUUUUUUUUUUUCCUUC